AUGUCAAUGGUUGUUCAGCUAACCGUGAACCCAGGUUUCAAGCGUAAGGCCUCUGAGGAGGCAGCUUCCCCGGAGUCUGGGCAACAGGCCAGCAAGAAAGCACGCACAGAUUCACCUGAGAAAGAAGAAGAUGGCCCUCUCAAGAAAGCUCCCCUUCGGAUCGUUCCGUUCCCUGAGAAGCCUGCCGUCCUAGAAGAACGUCGCGGCGAUAUCGAGUUCCGAGUCGUCAACAACGAUGGUUCCCAUGAUAGCUUCAUUGUCCUCACGGGCCUGAAGUGUAUCUUCCAGAAGCAACUUCCCAAAAUGCCCAAGGACUAUAUCGCCCGUCUUGUAUAUGACCGGUCACAUUUGUCUAUGGCUAUUGUCAAGCAUCCACUCGAAGUUGUCGGAGGGAUCACCUAUCGUCCGUUCAACACUCGCAAGUUUGCAGAAAUUGUGUUCUGUGCUAUCUCCUCAGAUCAGCAAGUCAAAGGAUAUGGUGCUCACUUGAUGUCUCACCUUAAGGACUACGUGAAAGCAACCUCUCCUAUUAUGCACUUCCUCACCUACGCCGAUAACUAUGCCAUUGGAUACUUCAAAAAGCAGGGCUUCACCAAAGAAAUUACACUCGACAGGUCUAUCUGGAUGGGUUACAUCAAAGAUUAUGAGGGUGGUACCCUUAUGCAAUGCACCAUGCUCCCAAAAAUACGCUAUCUGGAGAUGGGCCGCAUGCUGACCAAACAGAAGGAAUCUGUACAAGCCAAGAUCCGUGCCUUCAGUCGCUCACACAUUGUACAUCCACCUCCAAAGGAAUGGAAGAACAAGGUGUAUGCCAUCGACCCCCUGAGUAUUCCAGCAAUCAAAGAGUCUGGAUGGUCGCCUGACAUGGAUGAACUGGCCCGUCAACCCCGUCAUGGUCCCAAUUACAACCAGCUGCUGCACUUGUUGAAUGACAUGCAGAACAACAGUGCAGCCUGGCCAUUUACUCAACCGGUGAAUCGUGAUGAGGUUCCUGACUACUAUGAGGUGAUCAUGGAGCCUAUGGAUCUUUCAACCAUGGAAGAGAAGCACGAGAAGGACUUGUAUCCGACUCCUCAGGAUUUUACCAAGGAUGCUAUGUUGAUCUUCGACAAUUGCCGGAGAUACAAUAAUGAGACUACCCCUUAUGCCAAAAGUGCCAACAAACUCGAGAAGUUUAUGUGGCAGCAGAUUCGGAACAUUCCGGAGUGGUCGCACCUUGCCGAUAACCAUUGA